AUGAAGCUCCUGGACAUUGCCUUCUUUUUCCUAGCUGUACUCUGUGUUUGUACUGUGGGAGAAAAUGAGAAUUCAACCAGUACUGUCAGAACAUCUGUUUCUGCGACAACAUCAAAAUCAGUAACGGAAGCUGGGAAAGCAUCAGCUUCACAAGCAAUAACACUGCAACAACAAGUGACAGUGCUGACAACAGCUACAGUCAGACCUACAACUGAAUCCAUCAUAAGUAAUGCCACGACUUCUUCACAUAAUACUACACAACAAAUAACACAAGGUACAACAACACAACCACCAGUAAAAGAGACCACUGAAGCAGCAGCUAAAAGUGGCAGCACAACAAACACUUCACAAGAAAGUGGAACACAACUGGCACCAAACGGGAGUUUGAAUGCUUCAUCUACUAUGGGAUGGUCUUUGUUUUCUACAACUUCUCUACAAAAACCCACUUCUGCUCCUGGAACCCCAGACCUUCACAUGAGCUCCCUGACAGAAUCAACAAAUCUACGAUCUGGCAGUCCUGAAAGCAGUUCUGGAGACAAGAAAGUGUCAGAGGGUGCUAUCCACUAUUCCAGCUUUAUCUUGCCAAUAGUCAUCACUUUGAUAGUCAUUACCCUUUCUGUCUUCUCACUGGUGGCUUUGUACAGAAUGUGCCAGAAGAAAACGCCAGAGACACAAGAGAACGGCACUGAACAGGCCCAAUCAGACAAGGAAGGAGUCAAGCUUCUUUCUGUGAAGACAACUUCUCCUGACACUGGAGAGCACUCAUCUCAGGGGAAGAAUAAAACUCGGCAACUCUUCACACCUCAGCAAUAA